AUGCCUGGAGUCUCCCAGUCCUUCGAAGUGGCCAUUAUCGGUGGCGGCAUCGUGGGGUUAGCCCUAGCCACGGGCCUUGUCCAUCGAGGCGUGCGAGUGAAGCUUUACGAGAAAACCUCGUCAUUCCGACCGAUUGGCGCUGGUAUAGGAUUCACACCCAAUACCAAGCAGGCGUUGGAAUUGCUGCAUCCUGGGGCCCUGGCGGCUGAACAGAAAGUGGCGACGGCUAAUGGGGACCCCGACGAUCCCAAUGACUGGUUGCGGUACCUAGAUGGGUUUCACCAUACAAACGACGAGGCGGAUGAGGAAACGCUGCUCUAUGAACUCUAUACCGGCUAUCGCGGAUUUGAGGGCUGCGUGCGGGCCGACUUUCUGAAUGAACUACUGAAGCUCAUCCCCGACGGAGUGAUCGAGUUUGGUAAAAGCAUCCACAAUAUCUUAGACCUCGGGGACGAGCGGCGGGUGCUCCUUCAGUUUGAGGAUGGAAGCGUCGCGGAAACAGAUGCCGUGAUCGGCUGUGAUGGGAUCAAAUCGCGCGUGCGUAAGAUGAUGUUCGGGGCCGACCAUCCGGCCACCGAGCCAUCGUACAAUCACCAAUAUGCCCUGCGCGGGGUGAUUCCCAUGGACAAGGCAAUUGAAGCGUUGGGAGAAUACAAGGCCCGCAAUCGGCACAUGCAUCUGGGUCCCGAUCGCCACGUGGUGACUGUGCCCAUCGCGCUGGGCAAGGCCCUCAACGUGGUGGCCUUCAUCCCAGAUGCCGAGCAGUGGCCCAGCAGCACGGCACAGCUGACGGCGCCGGCCGACCCAGCCAUUGUCCUCGACGCCUUCAAGGAUUUUGGACGUCCUGUGCGUAAUCUGAUCCAGACUCUGGUCGAUCUGACGCCGCAGCUCACAAAAUGGGGCAUCUUCGACAGCGUCGAUCACCCGGCUCCGACCUUCACCGAAGGCCGGAUCUGUAUCGCCGGCGACGCCGCCCAUGCGUCGUCGCCACAUCACGGUGCAGGAGCGGGUAUGGGCAUUGAGGACGCCCUGGUACUCUCGGAACUACUGGCGGAGGUGGCAGUGGGGACAUUCUCUUCCAGCAAGAGCCGGGCAGAGGCAGUUCGCGCAGCGUUUCAGGCCUACACAACGACGCGCAAAGAGCGCUCACAAUGGGUAGCAGAGAGCAGCCGCGUCAUCGGCCAAAUGUUCGAGUGGCGGUACCCCCCGACGAUGCGCAAUUGGAAUAAGUGUCUGCAAGAGCUCACCGUGCGGUCACAUCGGAUCUGGCAUUUCGACCAGGAGGCCAUGCUUCUGGCCGCGCGGGCCGAGUAUGAGACAUUGUUGGUUAGGAAACAGUUGGGACAAGCAGAGAAUACUCCUGCAACACUGGGUACAGAGAUCUCCUGA